AUGCCUGGGGGUCUGCUCCCUGGAGCCGCUUUCCCCCUCAGGGCUGUCCGCUGUUUUCCCUCGCUUGUUAUUUUCCGGAAGGGCGGGUUGUGGCGCAUUAGGGUUAUUCCUCGCCGGUCCCUGCAGGUCCCUGAAAGGACCCGGCCCAGACGCGCGGGGGCCUUGGGCUCUGGCCGGAAGUCCGCGGGCGACCGCUCCGUGGGCUGGGAAGGUGGGUACCCCGAGAUUGUCAAGGAGAACAAACUGUUCGAGCACUACUACAAGGAGCUCAGGAUCGUGCCCGACGGCGAGUGGGACCUGUUCAUGGACUCCCUCAGGGAGCCCCUCCCGGCCACUUUGAGAAUUACUGGUUAUAAAAGCCACGCAAAAGAGAUUCUCCAUUGCUUAAAGAACAAGUAUUUCAAGGAAUUGGAGGACCUGGAGGUGGACGGGCAGAAAGUUGAAGUUCCACAGCCACUGAGUUGGUAUCCUGAAGAACUUGCCUGGCACACCAAUUUAAGUCGAAAAAUUUUGAGAAAGUCUCCACAGCUAGAAAAGUUUCAUCAGUUUCUGGUUAGCGAAACUGAAUCUAUCCUAGAUAUGUGUGCAGCACCUGGCUCAAAGACCACACAAUUAAUUGAAAUGCUACAUGCCGACAUGAAUGUCCCUUUUCCAGAGGGAUUUGUUAUUGCUAAUGAUGUGGACAACAAGCGCUGCUAUCUGCUCGUUCAUCAGGCCAAGAGGUUAAGUAGUCCCUGCAUCAUGGUAGUAAACCACGAUGCUUCCAGCAUACCGAGACUCCAAAUAGAUGUGGACGGAAGGAAAGAGAUUCUUUUCUAUGAUCGAAUUUUAUGCGACGUUCCUUGCAGUGGAGAUGGCACUAUGAGAAAAAACAUUGAUGUUUGGAAAAAGUGGACCACCUUAAAUAGCUUGCAGCUACAUGGGUGCUCCUUUAUUUCAAAAGGUGCUUUGGAGCUUGCUGAUGUGUCUUCUGAAUUGCCAGGACUGAAAUGGAUGCCUGGAAUCACACAGUGGAAGGUAAUGACGAAAGAUGGACAGUGGUUUGCAGACUGGGAUAGUGUCCCUCACAGCAGACAUACCCAAAUUCGACCUACCAUGUUCACACCAAAGGACCUGGAAAAGUUACAGGCAAUGCACCUGGAGCGGUGCCUUAGAAUAUUGCCACAUCAUCAGAAUACUGGAGGGUUCUUUGUGGCAGUAUUAGUGAAAAAAUCUUCAAUGCCAUGGAAUAAACGUCAACCAAAGCUCCAGGGUAAAUCCGCAGAGAUAAGAGAAACCACACAGUUGAGCUCUGCAGAUGCCGUAGAAGGAAAACCCACAGACACUUCCGAGCUGGACAGUCAAUCAGUCACUGGAACUGGUGAUCCAGACACAAUUCAGACAACUGAAAACUUAGAGAAUAAUGGCAAUAAGAAAGAUGGCGUGUGUGGUCCUCCUCCAUCAAAGAAAAUGAAGUUAUUUGGAUUUAAAGAAGAUCCAUUUGUGUUUAUUCCUGAAGAUGACCCGUUAUUUCCACCUAUUGAAAAAUUUUAUGCUUUGGAUCCUUCAUUCCCAAAGAUGAAUUUGUUAACUCGGACUACAGAAGGGAAGAAAAGGCAACUCUACAUGGUUUCUAAGGAGCUGAGAAAUGUGCUGCUGAAUAAUAGCGAGAGGAUGAAGGUUAUUAACACAGGGAUAAAAGUCUGGUGUCGAAAUAACAGUGGUGAAGAGUUUGAUUGUGCUUUCCGGUUGGCGCAGGAGGGAAUAUAUACAUUGUAUCCAUUUAUUAAUUCAAGAAUUAUUACUGUGACAAUGGAAGAUGUUAAGAUACUGUUGACCCAGGAAAACCCAUUUUUUAGAAAACUCAGCAGUGAGACGUAUAGUCAAGCCAAGGACCUGGCGAAGGGCAGCAUCGUGCUGAAGUAUGAACCGGAUUCUGCGAAUCCAGAUACCCUUCAGUGUCCCAUUGUGUUAUGUGGAUGGCGGGGAAAGGCCUCAAUUCGAACUUUUGUGCCCAAGAAUGAACGGCUUCAUUAUCUCAGGAUGAUGGGGCUAGAGGUGUUGGGAGAGAAGAAGAAAGAAGGGGUUAUUUUAACAAAUGAGAGUGCAGCCAGCUCUGGGCAGCAGGAGGACGAGGUGAGUGAGGAACAGAGAACAGAAAAGGCUGACAGCCCAGACGCAGCGCCAGGCUGUGACCCAGCUGGAGCUGACCAGUCCCAGUGAGAAGGCCGAGGAGGCCAGGGAGACACCCUGCAUACGUGAACCGCCCUCCACCUUGGUCACUGGUAUCCGAAGUCGUAUCCAGAACUACUUCUGACCUGAAAAGUGUGUAUUUUUAAAGACCAAAAACUGAUGGGAUGACAAGGGCAGUCUGUGAAUGAUCAGUACUGCUUUCACAUGGAACUUAACUAGAAAGUAUUUUUUUCACAUCUUAGAAAUUGCUCGUUUUACUUUGUUUCUUUGGCCAAGCUGGGUCUAGUGUGUCUCUUGCUGGUAAUAGACUUUCACCAUUAAAGUCAUGCUUCUAUCAAGGAAUGAAACUGCCCUUACAGAAAUUUCAGGUCCCUUUCAUUAUGCUUAUAUUGGUCUUAAGGUCCAGUAUUUCUAAAAAUUAUUUAUAGAAAGAAUCUAUAAGUCCUUAUGAAUUCUUGGAAAGUUGUACUGUAAGCUUUAAUAAUUGUAUGAGUCGUACAUUUGAGUGCGACAGAACAUGCAGUGGGUUAAUGUCUGAGGCCUCAGAUGACUUCUGUGCCUGUUGUAAGAAAGGGUAAAAAAAAAAAGGCUGUUCUUAGAGUAAGAGCUGUAUUGCAAAGUGUGAUGCUAAUUGUGAGGGGUCUUAUGUGCUUUGUUAAAUGUAGUGCUUUGCAAUUUUAUUUUUAAAUGGGGUCUGGGAUGUUUAAAUAAAAGGGUUAUAUUAAAUAACGUG